AUGAAGACGACCGGCUCGCUGUCGGACAAAGACGAAGGCACGGAUAGGAGCGCCCGUUCGACGGAUAAGUGCAAGAAGGGUCCCGUCUGCAAAGGGAAGAGCAUGAAGAGGACUGGCUCGCUGACGGACAAAGACGGAGGCACGGAUAGGAGCGGCCGUUCGACGGAUAAGUGCAAGAAGCGUCCCGUCUGCAAAGGGAAGAGCAUGAAGAGGACUGGCUCGCUGACGGACAAAGACGGAGGCACGGAUAGGAGCGGCCGUUCGACGGAUAAGUGCAAGAAGCGUCCCGUCUGCAAAGGGAAGAGCAUGAAGAGGACUGGCUCGCUGACGGACAAAGACGGAGGCACGGAUAGGAGCGGCCGUUCGACGGAUAAGUGCAAGAAGCGUCCCGUCUGCAAAGGGAAGAGCAUGAAGAGGACUGGCUCGCUGACGGACAAAGACGGAGGCAGGAAUAAGAGCUCUAACCCUCGAUCACACAUAGGAUCCGUUGUCAGGUACUAUCGGUCGUAG